AUGGAAUCAAAUACACCUCCUCAUCACUCCAGACAAGAAUCUUGGAAUACGGAAUUUAACACUACGACAGAGGGUCUAAAAAAUGAUCACCUAGAACUUAAAAAGGAUAUAGCACAAAAAAGAGGAACAGUGAGGUGUUGGAGAUCUAAACCUGAUGCAGAAAUGGAACAUUCUCGUCUCUUUCCACUCUGUAAAUACGUUUUAGAUAAGAACGUAGGAAACGUACCUCUCAUGAGCAGCACCUUCUCCUUAACUAAAGUCAUCCGGUCCAAUAACACUGAACCGGUGCAUGUGAACUUUGUGAUGCAUCGACAGCGAAUGGAAUCAUUCAUGAACUGGCCAAGAGAUAAAAAGAUACCAAAAGCUGUUGAUUUAGCAGAGGCAGGAUUUUUACGACCAGCAAAAACUUUAGAGUUACACGACCUGGUUCAAUGCUUUCAGUGUGGAAUAAGCUUAGAGAAAUGGACAGAGGAUGACAUACCAUGGAAUCAGCAUGCUUUAUGGAACCCAUAUUGUUCGUAUCUUAGGAUGGUGAAGGGUGAAGAAUUUAUCAUGGAGGUUCACAAUAUGAAUUACACGAGAAUGUCGACGAUAUCUGAUUCUACAUUGAACCAGUAUGAAAGAGAAAUAUUCCAAGCAGAUAUGCAAGGCAUGAAUAAGAUUAUCACCCAUAUGGUAACUAAACGACUCCAACCGGUAUAA